AUGAAAAGGGUGGGGAAGGAUCACAGAGGGGGACCAUUCCAAUUGCAUAUUAUGAAGUUUGAUUCGUGUCAGGGACCUAAAAACAAAAAUUGCACGUAUUCUGAUCCUUCAGGUACGGUGAUUGACAAUGGACACCUGGUCACAAAGGUUACAGUUUUGGAAAACACAACUCCGUCUAAGGGGAAAAUAUUGGCUCUGUCGAAUGGUAAAGAGUUGCUCAGACUCCAAAUGAACAACCCGUGUGAACAUCUGUUCCUCAGACCAUUAUUAGAGAAAUGGUUUAAGAUUUCAAAAAACUGCAUGAUCUUGAAGGGCACCUACAAUUUAAAAAUGAACGUAGAGGAAAUGGUGGACGAUUACUUCGGUGGAAAAUUUUUCUACGGGAAUGUGUCUUUUAAAACUAUAUUUUAUGAAAACGAUUGCAACUUUUGCUGUAGUAAUAUCUUCCUGACUAUUGUUCCUAAAAACUAG